AUGAAAUUUCUACCCACCUUUUCAGAAGACCGCAGCGCGCAGAGGACUUCACUUAAGGACAUAGCGCACGAAACAGUUGGGGAAACGUACAUCGAAGAAGAUCCUUCCGUAGCAGAAUGGUUCCGCGAAUUCAUUCCCACCUCACAUGGCGCCGCAGAGUAUGUACGCGAGCUGUUUCCGAGCGCACGGUGGCUGAGGCGAUAUAAUUUACAUUGGCUGGCUGGAGAUGCUGUCGCUGGAAUCACGGUCGGUCUUGUUGUCGUUCCGCAAGCCAUGGCAUAUGCUUCGCUUGCUCGGCUGUCACCCGCCUUUGGUCUUUACACUACAUUUACAGGCGCAUGUUUAUAUUGGAUCUUUGGUACAUCUAGAGAUAUUGUCAUUGGUACGACAGCAGUCGGGUCCUUGCUAAUUGGAAGCGCGGUCAGCAAAGUUGAAGCGGAACACCCUGGCGUGUAUCAACCUCAGGAAAUAGCACAUGCGCUGAGCUUCCUUGCUGGCAGCAUUAUUCUCGUCUUCGGUAUCCUUCGUCUCGGCUUCAUCAUCGAGUUCAUCCCGUACAUUCCCAUCUCCGCAUUCGUCACCUCGGCCAGUAUUACUAUCAUCUCAACACAACUGCCGACUUUGAUGGGUAUUACAGGGAUCAACACGCGUGAGUCUCCGUAUAAGGUGUACGUCAAUUUUUUGAAGGGCUUACCCACGGCAAGACUGGAUGCGGCGAUCGGUAUCACAUCCAUCGUACUCCUAUACUUGAUCAAGAACCUAUGCGCCAAGAUGGAGGUGCGACAACCUCGAAAGAAGAAGAUGUGGUCUAUGAUCUCCUCGCUACGUCUCACAUUCACUAUCUUGCUCUACACGCUUAUCAGCUGGCUGGUACAUAGGACGACACCUGCAGGCGAAGAGAAGUUCCGGAUCGUAGGUCAUAUUGAGAAGGGUUUCAGUCAUGCGGGUGUACCAAAAAUGGACGGAGAGCUCUUCGGCUUGGUGGCUACAGAACUCCCGGCGAUCAUCAUCAUCCUCAUCGUUGAACACAUCGCCAUCGCCAAGAAUUUCGGACGCAAACACAAUUAUACCGUCAUUCCUUCACAAGAGAUGAUCGCACAAGGCGCUGCCAAUAUACUGAGUCCUUUCGUGGGUGGUUAUGUGUGCACGGGCUCUUUCGGUGCUUCUGCUGUUCUCUCCAAGGCUGCAGUGCGCACUCCAUUGUCCGGCGUCUUCAGCGCGGUAGUCCUAGUGUUGGCAUUGUAUGCGCUUACAGCUGUCUUCUACUACAUUCCAAACGCAGCGCUUGCUGGUUUGAUCAUACACUCCACCGUCGAUUUGAUCAAAGGACCCAAGGAUUUACACAAGUACUACCAGCUGUCGCCGUUCGAACUAUUCAUCUGGGUUUGUGGUGUUGUCAUCGCGUUCUUCACCGAUCUCGAGACGGCGAUCUACAUCACUGUCGGUCUAUCUUUUGCCAUGCUGCUCGUUCGCAUGGCAAAAAGCCCAGGCAAGUUCCGAGGUGCUGUUGAGGUGACGCGCAUCGUGCGCGACGACCGCUCCUGCGAUCAGUCCGUGUCCACAUCGAGCGCGUCGCGGACUUCGCAAAUACACGGCGAACAAACGCAUCGUAUCGGAGCUAUGCAAGAAGCUCGGCAAGUGUAUAUGCCUUACGACGUUACAGACAACCACAACCCGAACAUCACCGUAGAGCCGGCAUACCCCGGCGUCUUCAUCUAUCGUUUCAGCGAGAACUUCAACUACAUCAACCAAGCUUAUCACGUUGACUACCUUACCUCUUACAUCACCUCAAACACGCGCCGAACACAAGCAGAUGACGGUAUCCGCGCCUGCGAUCGUUUGUGGUGCGACGCGCCCCCCACUGAGAAGCUCAUCGAAGAGUCGUCAUGUCUGCCCGUCUUACGAGCUGUUGUUCUCGACCUCUCCACCGUCAACAUUCUCGACAUCACCAGCAUUGACGGGUUGAAGAGCUUGCGCGACACGCUGGAUCGCCAUGCAGCGCCCGGGUUGGUCGAAUGGCACUUUGCUGGUGUGCACAACCGGUGGACACGCAAGGCGCUCGCCUUUGCAGGUUUCGGUUUCCCGGCUGCCGUGACUGCAGAGUACACAGGAAACUGGUGUCCAGCCUACACUGUGACGGCGAGUCUCGCAGGUGCGACGUGCGAAGAGCGGAAAGAAGUAGAAGCCGUACGGAGAGAAAUGGGAGCCAGGGACGAAGAGCAGGGCAAGGACUCCACAGAAACAAAUGCACUUGAGGUGCAGUCUUCUAUGAGUGAGAAGCAGAAGUUUUACCCGAUUUACGGGGUUGAUAGGCCGUUCUUCCAUCUCGAUCUUCACGACGCCGUUGACGCUGCGGUUCGCGAUGCGACGAAGGCUGAUCAGCACGAGGCGCGCACGAGCUGUACAUCGACUGCAUGGUCGGGGAUGCCAGCGGCUCCAGAAGAAGCAUAG